AUGACGUCGAAUUAUAUUAUUCACAUAGGCAAUAAUAUAAUAAACAAAAGGAUAAAAAUUAAGGAAUUUCUUAAUAAAUACGAGAGGAAGAUAUUAGAAAAAAAUGCAAGUGCCUUUUUUUAUCUUCUAAUUAACUUACUUUUUAAUUUAUCAAUUGAUAGAUUUAGAUUAGUGAUAAAUCGAAAAUAUAUAUUUUUCAAAAAAAAAAAGAGAAUUGACCUAGUAUUUAAUAUAACAAAAAAAUUAUUAGCAAGAAACAAUAUAGAUAUAAAAGAAAAAAAAAUUAAUUAUUUUCUAGAUAACAUAAAAAAAUAUAAUGAUACAUAUACAACAUCAUUGAAUACUAUGCAAACAUAUCCAAAUAAUAGUAUGCAUGAAAUUUGUUGUUCAUAUAAUGAUAUAAAUAAUAAAAAACAUCAUUUACCAUCAAAUACUAUAUUAAUUAAUAAUUCUUAUACUAAUAAAAAAGAAUUCCUUAAUAAAAUAUAUAAUUCUGUAAAUGAAAAAAAAGAGAAUAUUACACAUUAUAAUAUUAUAUCUAAUGUAUUACUUAAUAAUAAUCAAGAAUUUGUUAUAGAUAAAAAAUUUAUAUAUGAUAAUUAUUUCUGUGAAAAUUAUAAUACACAUAAUAUUCCUAUUUCUCAAAUCGUAUCCUUAUCAAAUAAUUCAGCAUCCCUAUCACCAGUACAUGAUAAUACUUAUGUUAAUUUUGUAGACCAUUAUAAAAAAAAUGAUUUUAAUAAUAAAGAUAUCAUAACCUUCCCAUUAAAUUCUUAUUAUUUACAAAAUAUCAAAAACAAAUUUAAUGAAUACAAAAUAAAAACACAUGAAAAUUAUCUACUUAAAAAAUAUAAUAAAAAUGUUGAAAGACAUUUCAUAAGUGCUAGAAAUACAACCAGUAGUAGUAGUAGCAGCAUAAGUACAACUUGUUACAACAAUAAUAAUAAUAAUGAUAAUAAUAAUGGUAACAAUAAUGAUAACAAUAAUGGUAACAAUAAUGGUAACAAUAAUGAUAAUAAUAAUGGUAACAAUAAUGGUAACAAUAAUGAUAACAAUAAUGGUAACAAUCAUAAUAACAAUCAUAAUAACAAUCAUAAUAACAACAAUUCCUAUAAUAGUAAUAAUCUUGCUUAUGAUAAACAAAACAAUUUCAUUCUUAUUAAAAAGAAAAAACAAACAAAAAUUAAUAAAUACAAUAUUAACAUAUUUGAUGAAUUCUUAGAUAUCUAUUUGUUAUUUAGAUUAAGAGGGGGUAAAGGAGGAUUUGGUGCCAAUUUAAGAAAUAAAAAAAAAAAAAAAAAAAAAAAAAAAAAUAAAAAUGAUCUAUUAUUAGAUGCUUCUAGAAGUAUAAAUGGACAUAGAAUAUUAAUAGACAAAGUUUUACAAACCUCAGAUAUAUUACUAAAAAAAAAACAACAAGAACAAAUACUAAUCGAAAAAUUAAACUCUUCUCACAUUAUAAAUAAUAAUACAAGUGAUGAAGAAAAAGAUUUCACAUUAUCAAAUAAUCAGAAUAAAAGUGUACAUGACUUCAUAAACCAUAAAAAUCAUAUUACACAAAAUGAAGAAUCCACGACAUAUACGAACCAAACAAAUUCAAAACUACAUGAUAUGAUUUUAAUGGGUAUGAAUAAAGAAAAACAAAAUAAAGUAAACAAUACUAAUAAUCAACAUACAAAUAAUAAUAAAAUUAAAAAAAAAAAUGCAAUUCAAAAGAAUGAUACAAGUCAUAAAAAUUAUAAGUUAAAAUCAAUUGAUAAUAUGUAUAAUUUUUUAUAA